UUCCCGCUAACAUUCCCUCUUACAACUCUCUGCUUCCCUAUAUAUACUGACCAACUUCUGCAAUGAAAAAUACAAGGUAAGUGAGAAAGACAAUAAUGGCAGCAACAGCAGUGAAGCCGGUGAUCAAUGUAGCCGCCAUUUGCGGCUCGCUUCGUAAAGGUUCCUACAACAGAGGCCUUCUUCGAUCAGCUAUGAAGAUAUGCUCGGAAUCGAUUGAAGGUAUGAAGAUUGAUUACGUUGAUAUUUCGCCAUUGCCAAUGAUAAACACUGAUCUUGAGGAGAACGGCAGUUUUCCCCCUGUUGUUGAAGCGUUUCGUCACCGUCAGAAGAUUCUUGGAGCUGAUAGUGUUCUGUUUGCUUCUCCUGAGUACAAUCACUCUUUCGCUCCUCCAUUAAAAAAUGCACUAGAUUGGGCAUCUAGACAACCAAAUGCUUGGGCUGAUAAGCCUGCUGCAAUUCUUAGUACUGGAGGUUUGUUUGGAGGUGGGUUAUCCCAAUUUCAUCUUCGGCAAGUUGGAGUAUUUCUGGAUCUUCACUUUAUCAACAAGCCCAUGUUCGUCUUGAAUGCUUUUCAACCUCCUGCUAAGUUUGAUAGUGAGGGUAAUCUAAUUGAUGCAGAAGCUGAAGAAAGGAUAAAGAAUGUUCUUUUAGCAUUGCAAAAGUUCACUAUACGGUUGAAAGACAAGAACUAAACAAGUUAAAACUAAUUCCAAAAAAGAGAUGUUUAUGCAAUUUACCUAAUUGGUUGCAUUUGAAUGAGUGCGUGAUCUGUUGUGGUUUUUAACUUUUUAUCAUAUAGUUGAACUCAUUUGGAAGGUUACAACUUAUGAACUAUGAUGAUGUAUUUUAGCUUGAGAAUAAAUUAUUUGAUGCAUUUUCUUAUCA